UAUAAUGGAAUAUUGUAUAUGGUGGUAGGCACGACACUUUAGCGAUUACCUUGCAUCGUCAUCUCCGCGAAUGUAAAAUCUGUCGUUCACCAAAAAAGAACAGCUCCCAAGAAUUGGCCUUAUGUCUAGGAUUUCCUUGUCUCUGCGUCAAUUGGAAAACCGGGAAUGGCUACAUCGAAAAGUUUCACGAGAUAUCUAUGGUAGUCCAUCUUGGCUGGCAAAUAUUGAUUUACAGAAGGAAUUGAGUUACCAUUCAAGUUGUAUAAAUGCAUUAAAUUGGUCCGAAAAUGGAGAAUACUUAUUGUCUGGCGGCGAUGAUACCCAAUUGGUUAUUUGGGAUGUUUACAAUAAUUUUGAACCACUUCAUGUGAUAUCUACAGGACAUUUACAUAAUAUCUUUAGUGUCAAGUUUCUACCACAUUCAGAUAGUCGUAAGGUGAUGUCUGCUAGUGGUGACAACCUUGUAAAGCUGUUCGAUGUCGAGUUAGGUAAUUCUACUGAAGUCAACAAGGGUAUAGAAACACAAUUGAGAUGUUGGAAUUGUCACUCAGAUUCGGUGAAACGAAUCAUUCCUUGUGACGAUGGAUCCACCUUUUUGACUUGUAGCGAAGACGGGACAGUACGACAAUUUGAUAUUCGGGAACCGCAUCGCUGCAGUCAGGAUCAUGAUUGUCCCUCUAUUUUGGUCAACUACAGCUCAUAUCGUAUUAACCUUUAUGCUAUGUCGAUGUCAAAGUCCAAUCCGUUUUACUUUGUUGUUGGAGGUACUCAUCCUUAUGCUUUUUUGCAUGACAGAAGAAUGGUAGGAAAAGAUCAAUGGAGGAAAAAUAGCUCCGGUAAUUCUCUUACACGAGACACGCGAUGUGUUCGAAAAUUUAGCCCUAAUGGAACCUAUAAUUCUCAGGGAAUACUUGACCAUCAUAUCAAUUGCUGCGAAUUUGGUACCGCAAAUCCAAACGAAUUACUUGUUAGCUGGAAUUCUGAUUAUGUAUAUUUAUUUAAUAUUAACGAAGAUAAGGCUUUUGAGCCUACAUUUGAAAGGACCGAGGAUUCUCCACGGAAAUUACCAGUUGCUUCGAAAGAUGUGAAAAGUUCCUUUAGGCAGAACAAAGGUACACAUUGGUUUAAUACACCGUCUCAAGCUUCUGCUCCAGUGACAAGGGUUUUGCGUAGUCCGUAUGUGACAACUCAACCAAGGCGGCAUACGUUCUACCAAAUGUACAAAAAUAUACAAAAGCUUUUUACUUCGCAAGACAACGGUCUUUAUGAAAGUGUCGCAAGCGGAUAUCAAAAUCAUAUGGUCCAUUCUAUCCGUUAUGUGAAAGACGCUAUUUAUUAUAUGGAAAACUACAAUUAUUUUAUAGAUACAACGCAUUUUGACCAUGAUAUUCGUAAUCAAAUCUUGCAUUACUGGAGGGCCUGUGUUUCGGUCCUUGUGCUAAUGGACGAUAAAGCAUGUUUAGAAUCAAACACGAUAAUACAAGCCGGUUGGGGAUGGAUAUAUGAUUUUAUGAAUUGGGUCAUACGCUAUCUCUUGGGUAUUAGUGACCAUUGGGCUUUGCAAAUGUCUUCUCCUCCAAACGAAGCUCGUCAAAAUUUUGUUUUACGCGAUCCUGAUGAACAUGAGCGCGUUUUGUUUUGGAGCGCAUCAGAAAUGAUACGAGGUUUUGCAAGGAUUGAUACCAACGAUUUGUCUUCAGUCAGGAAGUAUUUUUGGGUGCAUAAAGUCCUUCGUGGUUGUUUGGGUCUAAUAUCCGCUGACAUUAACUGGGGUCUACUACAACCAUGGGAUCGUGAUGAGUCCGAAGAAGCAAAUAAUAUUUCAGACAUUGGAGAUUCCUCUUAUACUGAAUCAGAACAUUCCAUGUCGUAUGGGGAAGAAAUGGAUACUUAUGAUGACGCAUCAGAGCCUGAAUUCCAGAGUUUAGAUUCGGGUUACACGGAAAUGGAAAUAGAGGAUGAACUAGGUGAAAAUAAUGGUGAUGAUUUGGAUGAUGAGGAUUAUACAUAUGUUAGCGAAAACACAGAGGAAAGUGAGGAGGAAUCAGAUGAAGGUCCAAGUUUACUUUCACUUCGAUCGAAGAAGAGAAAGUCUGUUGAGCCAAAUGCUCCUAUACAGACUCACGUUAAAAGUUAUUAUGGUCACUGUAAUGUCGAGACUGUAAAAGACGUUAAUUUUUUUGGAUUAAAUGAUGAAUAUGUCAUGAGCGGUUCUGAUGAUGGAAAAUUUUUUAUUUGGGAUAAAGAGUCAACCUCGAUUCUUGCUAUUAUUCAAGGAGAUAGUGAAGUGGUGAAUGUUUUAGAAGGACACCCAUAUUUUCCGACAAUCGCAGUGUCUGGAAUUGAUUCUACCAUCAAGAUAUUCAGUACAGAAAACAAUCCAGCUUUGGGUAGAUCGCGUAACCAAACUUCAAAUAGCUAUAAGAUUAUAGCAGCGAAUGAAAUGAAUCGAGAACAAGGAUCUCGAGAUUCCUAUAUAACAAGUAGGAUGCUCUCUCAUUUAGCUUACCGUGCACACAUGGACGAUGGCUUUGGAAACGAGGUAUUAGACACGAACGCUUGUACAAUUAUGUAAUUAUUUUCUUUUUUUUUGCUUCCUUGAUUUUUACACUUUUUCUUCUUUUCAAUCAUGCAAUUAGUUCUUGCUAAAGUUCAACCAUUUGUAUCUUGUACUUUCUCUGAGCGUGGCAGUAAAUUAAAUCUAGCAAGUGAAAAGAAAGAUUUUUUUCUCGUUGAAUGCAAAAAUCUCUUAUACACCAGUCCCUCAAGCACAAUUUGAGUAGAGUAAAUACUUCCUUGCCGGGUUUUCUUGUUUAUUUAUUAUUAUUAUUAUUAUUUGGGUUAUUCUACCCUAUUGUUCUUCUUUUGUUCUACGACUUUAAUACAGAAACUAUUUUCUGGGAUUUUCGAAUAACUGCUAUUAUGUUGUCCUCGUUUGUUUACAUACAAAAGACAGAAAUGAAGACACGUAAGUUGCAUUUACGUUGGUUUUUUCAAUUGCUUUUUCUGUUUUUUUUAAACCGUUUUUGCUAUGGGUUGGCAUCUUUUGUCUAAUUCUUUUUAAUAAUAGAUUAAGAAAUUGCAUUAUUCCUUCUAAGGU